AAUUGGUUGACAGCGGCGCGCCAAACGUCACGUGGUUUCUCUUUUCGCGCGAAACUGCCGCUCUGUAGCGUGCUGUCUGUGUGUGUGUCCGGUGUAUUAAAGCUCUGUAUUCGGAAGACGUUUUGGAAGCUUUUAGUGCACUUUGACAGUAUUUUAACAUGGAUGUAGCCUCAGCGACCGCGGAGAAUGUCGGGGAGAUGGUGAAGGACGAGUUGGCUGAAAAAUGCCAGAAGUUGUUCCAGGCUUUCUUGGAGGAAUUUCAUAGCGGUGACGGGGAGGUGAAGUAUGUCCGGGAGGCCGAGGAGCUGAUCAGGCCCGAAAGGAACACCCUGCUGGUGAGCUUCACAGACCUGGAGGGCUUCAACCAGGAGCUGGCCACCACCAUCCAGGAGGAGUACUACAGAGUGUAUCCCUUCCUCUGUCGGGCAGUGCGCAGCUUCGCUCUGGAUCAUGGGAAUGUUCCUCUCAACAAAGAGUUCUACGUUGCCAUCGAGGAUCUGCCCACCAGACACAAGAUCCGCGAGCUGUCAUCCAUGCGUAUUGGGACCCUGGUGAGGAUCAGUGGCCAGGUGGUGAGGACGCACCCAGUCCACCCUGAACUGGUGAGCGGCAGCUUCCUGUGCAUGGACUGCCAGGCGGUGAUCAAAGACGUCCCCCAGCAGUUCAAAUACUCCCCUCCAACCAUCUGCAGAAACCCCGUCUGCAACAACCGCGCCCGCUUCCACCUUGACACCCACAAGUCCAAGUUCAUUGAUUUCCAGAAGGUGCGCAUCCAGGAGACGCAGGCGGAGCUGCCUCGUGGUUCCAUCCCACGCUCCCUGGAUAUCGUCCUGAGGGCCGAGGCUGUGGAGACGGCUCAGGCCGGAGACCGCUGCGACUUCACUGGGACCCUCAUUGUUGUGCCGGACGUCUCUCAGCUCAGCACUCCUGGUGUGCGAGCAGAGACCAGUACCCGUGUAGCUGGGGGGCCCCAGGGCUUUGAGUCCGAGGGUUUGAGAGGACUGAAAGCCCUUGGAGUCAGAGAGCUGUCAUACAGACUGGCCUUCCUGGCCUGCUACGUGGCCCCAUCCAACCCACGAUUUGGUGGAAAGGAGCUGCGUGAAGAGGAUCAGACUGCAGAAAGCAUCAAGAGCCAGAUGACUGAGAAGGAGUGGGAGAAAGUGUUUGAGAUGAGCCAGGACAAGAACCUGUACCACAACCUGUGCACCAGCCUCUUCCCCACCAUCCACGGCAAUGACGAAGUGAAGCGCGGCAUCCUGCUGAUGUUGUUCGGAGGCGUUCCCAAGACGACCAUGGAGGGAACCUCGCUGAGGGGAGACAUCAAUGUCUGCAUCGUUGGAGACCCGAGUACGGCCAAGAGCCAGUUCCUCAAACACGUGGAGGAGUUCAGUCCCAGAGCGGUGUACACGAGCGGCAAAGCCAGCAGCGCUGCAGGUCUUACAGCUGCUGUGGUCCGAGACGAGGAGUCCCAUGAGUUUGUGAUCGAGGCCGGAGCUCUGAUGCUGGCCGACAACGGUGUAUGUUGCAUUGAUGAGUUUGACAAGAUGGAUGUCAAGGACCAGGUGGCCAUCCAUGAAGCCAUGGAGCAGCAGACCAUCAGCAUCACCAAGGCCGGGGUCAAGGCCACCCUGAACGCUCGCACGUCUAUCCUGGCUGCUGCCAAUCCUGUCAGCGGGCGCUACGACCGCAGCAAGAGUCUGAAGCAGAAUGUAAAUCUGAGCGCCCCCAUCAUGAGCCGUUUCGACCUCUUCUUCAUCCUGGUGGAUGACUGUAAUGAGGUGACAGACUACGCCAUCGCCAGACGCAUCGUGGACCUGCACUCCCGUGUGGAGGAGUCCGUGGACAGACUGUAUUCUCUGGAUGAGAUCCGCAGAUACCUGCUCUUUGCCAGGCAGUUCAAACCUAAGAUUUCCACUGACUCAGAAGAGUUCAUCGUCGAGCAGUACAAACGUCUCCGUCAGCGUGAUGGCUCUGGGGGCGUGUCCAAGUCUGCUUGGAGGAUAACAGUGCGACAGCUGGAGAGCAUGAUCCGCCUGUCAGAGGCCAUGGCACGUAUGCACUGCUGUGAUGAGGUGCAGCCCAAACAUGUGAAGGAAGCGUUCCGUCUUCUGAACAAAUCAAUCAUCCGAGUGGAGACACCUGACAUCAACCUGGAGCAGGAGGAUGAACUGGAGGAGGAGGAGGAGGAGCAGCGGCAAGAGGAAGGAGGCAACAUUCCUAACGGAGUGAACGGUGUUGACAGCCACGGGGAUGGUAUUAAUGGCCAUGUGAAUGGUAUUGACAGCCACGCUGAGCCUGGCAGGCAGCCCAAGCCGUCUCUCCGCCUGUCUUUCGCCGAAUACAAACGGUUGUCCAACUUGCUGGUGCUGCAUCUGCGGAAAGCAGAGGAGGCUGAGGAAGAGGAGGAGCUGAAGAAAAGCGUGGUGGUGAACUGGUAUCUGAAGGAGAUUGAGUCAGAGAUCGACUCUGAGGAGGAGCUUGUCAAUAAGAAGGGGCUGAUAGAGAAGGUCAUCCACAGGCUGGUUCACUAUGACCACAUCCUCAUCGAGCUGUCCCAGGGUGGACUGAAGGGCUCAGAGUCUGCCGGCUCAGAAGAAGAAGCUGUUCUAGUUGUUAACCCCAACUACAUCCUGGAAGAUUAAACUCCUCCCUUCAUCCCGCUGUUCCAUUCUGUGACUUUUGAUAUUAAACUGUGUUUAUGAAUGCUCAUAUGUAACACGUACAUAAUAGAGGCACUGAAGAUGUUAGUAGAGUUGUUUAUCAUCUCUGCUGUGCAAAGGUUAGAUUCUGGAUCCUUAAAAAAAAAAAAAAAAAAAAAAGGUAUUUUCUUUGUCAGAUUGACUUGUGUAAAUAUGCUACUUUAUUUGUUCCAGUUGUUUGCUGGUAUCUGUCUAUUUGAAGUUGAGGAAAGUGCCCUGAAUUGUAAGUAACUAUAAGUAAUAAUAAUAGUAAGUAAUUAUAAGUAACUGUAUAUUAGAGGCAUACGCUUAAGCUUACCUCCAAGUUGGUUGCAGGUUAUUUUGCAUGUCAUUUUGUAAAAUUAUGAAAUGGAGUGAAUAAAAGUGUUGGUUUCAUAAAUAAAAGUGUUGGCAUAAAGA